AUGCGUUCCUCAAUCGCUCUCGCUUCCCUCUGCGCUGCCUUUGCAGCUGCUUCCCCACUCGUCAAGAAGGGUCUUGAGAUCGCCGCUCCCGUUCAAGUCGUCGAGACACAAGUUGAUGUCGUGACAAACGUGGUCAUGGUCACUGUUACUGGAGAGCCAGUCAUCGUUACCGCUGGAGCCGAAUCUACCCCCGCUCCCGUUAUCGUGACUGUCACUGCCCCAGCUCAAUCUAGACCUCACAGACACUCUCACUCUCAAGCCGCCCCUGCCCCGGCACCAACUACAACUUCCCAAGCUGUCGUUGUCGUUACUGAAACCCAAGCUCCAACUACCUACGCCGCCGCUCCAGCUACCACUGAAGCUGCUGCCCCCGUUGUUGCUACCACUGAAGCUGCCGCCGCCAAGGUUGUUGCUGUCACUACAAGCUCCGCCGCCCCUGUUGUAGCUACUACUCAAGCUGCCUCCGCCACCGAUGCUCUCACCCCAACUUGUGUCGCUGCACACAACGAUGCUCGUGCUAGUCAUCAAGCUAGCGCCAUGACCUGGAAUCAAACCCUUGCUGACUACGCCGCUCAAGAGGGUAGCUGUACCACAUUCGCCCACGACUUGACCGCUGGUGGUGGUGGAUAUGGACAAAACAUCGCUGUUUCCGGAAACUCUGACGCAACUGCUUUUACUACCGAAGCCGCCCUCGCUGAUCAUAUCAAGCAAUGGUAUGAGGAGGAAUCUCUCUUCGGAUCCUUGUACGGUGUUGCCAGCCCAUCCGAGGCUGUCGGUGACUUCUUGCAUUUCACUCAAAUUGUCUGGCAAGGAUCCCACCAAGUUGGAUGUGCCGUCAAGACUUGCGGAACUGACAACUCCAUCUACCCAGGCAUGUACAUCUGGUACAGCGUCUGCAACUACUACCCAGCAGGAAACGUUAUCGGUGAAUUUGCCACCAACGUUCUUUCUUAA